GUAGUCUACUCUAUAGCCGGCGCGGCAACCACCCGAGCCGCCGUCUUCUUCUCCAGCUCCAAACCUCCUAAAACCCUAGCACUCGCCGCCACCUCCAAGUCCCCGUCAGCGCUGUCGACGAGCUCCUCGGCGCUCGGAGACAUGGCCUCGAGGGGCGGCGACGACCUGGGGAUGCUCAAGUCGACCUCCAUCAACGGCGUCAAGCUCUACUCCGUCACCGGCAAGAACUACGUCGCCCCCUGGGUGCUCGCCAAGAAGAAGCGCUCUCUCCGCAAAGACGCAGAUUAUCAGCGGAGGUUGGAGCUGAUCCAUGACCUGAGGUUCGAGACUGCCACCACCAGGAUCAAGGCGACCCCUGAUGGGCAGUAUGUGAUCGCCUCAGGUAUUUACCCCCCACAGAUGAAAGUAUACGAGUUGAAAGAAUUGUCAAUGAAGUUUGAGAGGCACAUGAUUUCAGAAAUUGUAGAUUUUGAGGUCCUCGGUGAUGACUACUCAAAACUUGCGUUUUUGUGUGCUGAUCGUUCUAUAUGUCUGCAUGCAAAGUAUGGAAGCCAUUAUAGCUUGAGAAUUCCAAGAAUGGGAAGGGACUUGGCCUAUGAUUGCUGGUCUUGCGAUUUGCUAUGUGCUGCUUCAUCACCAGAUCUGUAUAGAAUCAACUUAGAGCAGGGGCGAUUUCUUGCAUCUUUUUCUUCCCAAUCACCAGCAAUAAAUGUGGUUACACGGAGUACGAUCCAUGGGCUGGUUGCUUGUGGUGGUGAGGAUGGUGCAGUUGAGUGCUUUGAUAUGAGGAGGAAGUCUUCUGUUGGCCGGAUUAAUACAGCUUCUUCUUCUGAAGAUUCUGAUCAGGAGGUCACAUCUUUGCAAUUUGAUGAAAAUCAAGGAUACUUUAUGGCAGUAGGGAGCAGCAUAGGAAAGGUAUCGAUAUAUGAUAUACGCAUGUCCUCUCCUCUGCGAGUCAAGGAUCACAUGUAUGGCAGUCCAAUUUUAAAUAUCAAAUGGCACCAGACACUUAAUUCUACUGAACCUAAACUCAUAACUGCUGAUAAGCAUAUAGUGAGAGUUUGGGAUCCUAAUACAGGAAACAACAUGACUAGCAUUGAACCAGAUGGUGGUGCUAUCAAUGAUGUUUGUAUCUUCCCAAAUAGUGGUUUAAUGCUAUUAGCUCUGGACAAUAGCCAGAUACCUUCCCACUUUAUUCCUGCUCUCGGCCCUGCUCCAAAGUGGUGCUCGCAUCUUGAUAACCUAACUGAGGAGAUGGAAGAGAAACAAGAAGCCACAUUAUAUGAUGAUUACAAGUUUUUGACCGAAGAAGAGAUGGAGCGACUGGGUCUCUCUCAGUACAAGGAUAGCAAUGCUGUCAGAGCACAUUUACAUGGAUAUGUGAUACGCUAUGAUCUAUUUAAGGAGCAAAAGGCUAAACUUGAGAUUGCUGAUUAUGAGACUCUUAAAAAAGAGAUGAAGGAAAAGAAACUAGAAGCACAAAGGAAAUCUCGUAUAACGCAAGUUGUCAAAAUACCCAAGGUUAAUAGGCAUAUUUUGGACAGUAUACGUACAGAGGAAGAGGAAAUGGAAGCUGAUGUGGACAAUGUUGACAAAUCAAGCACCAGGAAGAAGAAAAGAAAACUAGAAAUGCAUAAGGCAUUAUUGACUGAUCCGCGUUUCGGAGAAAUGUUUGAGAAUAAAGACUUUGAAAUUGAUGAGCAAUCAAGAGAAUACCUUGCACUUCAUCCUCAAGUGGUUAUGAAGGAGCCUCGUCUAAUCGAGGAACAUUUUGAGAGUGUUAGUGAAGAUGAAGAACAACAAGAUGCCGGUUCAUCUGAUGCAUCUGACAGUGACGAUGAUAUGCAUAAUUCAAAGCGUAUAAGGUUGUAUGAAAUCAAGGAUGAUCGCCAUGCUGAGGCAUUUUUGAAUAGCGUCUCCCUUGGCAACGAGGAAGCUCUGCCCCUUGGAGAUAGGGUGGCUGCACUGGAGAGGCAACAGAACUCUCGGGGCCUUGAUAAGGUGAAAUACGGACCUGGCGGCUCACGGGAGAUUUCUUUCAUGGCUAGAAGCUCAAGAAGGCGCAAUGAAGAAGAUGAAGAACACAGUGACGAAGAGCCCAAAGAUUUCAAGAGGAGAGGUGUGCAGUCCCUGGGGUUGAAGCAGGGCAAAGCUGAGUACUAUUUGUUUGGUGGAAGCCGUGGCAGAGGAGGCGGGGGCGGUCGUGGUAGAGGCGGUGGUGGUCGUGGAAGAGGAGGUGGAAGAGGAGGUGGGGGCAGAGGCGGAAGCGAAUUCGGUGGCAGAGGGGGACGGGGAAGUGAAUUCGGUGGUGGAGGCGGUGGGGGUGGCAGAGGGGGACGGGGUAUGAGUAGAGGUAGGGGCAGAGGAAGGGGAAGGGGAUGAGCACCAUCUGUUUUCUAGCUAGAAUGCCGCCAUCAUAUCGCCAAUUUUCUGCUCUCCCAGAGCCGUGCCAACUUGAGACGGUGAAUAUUUUGCUAGGAGUUCACUCACACAAGGGCUGUAACAUUUCAUCCGGCAGACACCAGUAUGGUGAUAUCUAUACUGUAAUCUUUAGGUCUAUUUCAGUAUCGUCCUUGCACACGCAUUGUAAUCCCUUGAUCACUAUAAAUUGCAUCGCGCUUCAUGCCAGAGCUAUAGGGUACCGAAUAUUUUAGUGGUGAGAAAAUUUUGAGAGCUUUUCCCGUUUGGUUGUAAUUUUGGAUGGCUUCUCAAUGAGCCUGUGUUGUACUAAUAACUUGCAGUUACUUGCAACUUCAAAAUAGAGAAGAUUUCAUGCUGAGUUUUCUAAA